UCUUUUCAAUGGGCAAGAGAAGAAACUGAGAGCUCACCUGCAGCCAUUUCGAUUUCUAUGAAGAUAUGAAUCAAUUUGGGAUGGAUUCAGGAUGGAAGACCAAUGUUGAGAUAUCACCAAGCUGUCCUCGUUGUGGUUCUUCAAACACUAAAUUUUGUUACUACAACAACUACAGCUUAACUCAACCGCGAUAUUUUUGCAAGGGUUGUCGCAGGUAUUGGACUAAAGGCGGAUCCCUAAGGAACGUCCCCGUGGGCGGUGGUUGCCGGAAGAACAGAAGAGGAAAGUCCUUGAAGCUUUCCUCUACUGAUGUUGCUCACUCCAGAAACUUAGGUUAUGGGGUUACUGUCUCUAACAGGGAGGCCUCUUCUGUUGAGUCAUGUAGCUCUUCCAUGACAUCUGAUGGUUCUCACAUUGAUCUUGCACUUGUUUAUGCAAACUUCUUGAAUCCUCGGCCGGAUUCCAAGACGACGACGACGACGACUACUGCUAAUACGGCUGAUUUCGAAGUGCAAGAGUUGCACACUAGCGAUUUUUCUAGCUUUCCAAACACAAAUUUGGAAUCAACUAGCGUUCAACUGCAUGGAGAAAACCACAACAGUACAACUCUUGGUGGGUGUCUUACUACUUUCUGUGAUUCAUCCACGGAAACUCCAUUGACUGAAAAUGAUCAUCACUUGAUGUAUUUUCACCAAGCUGAGGAAAAUAAGGUUCAACAAUGCACAAGUACUCUUCAUGAAUCAAUCCAUUAUGGGUUGCCACCAUUGCCAGGAGAAGAGGUAGGGCCUCAUCACGAGAUAUUAUGGUCCAAUUCUCACUUGAUGGGCAAUGAUCAUACUCUGCAAGUUACACAAGACCCUCCAAUUCUUGGACCUGAAACUCAAGAUCCUAAUAAUCUACUGUUUGGUAACUGGAAUCCAUUUGAUUUGUCUAGUGAUCAUGAUACUUUCUCAGGGCCUUGACAAUUAAAAUGUCAUAGUUUUGUUUUACCUUCUUUCUUUUCUGAGAGUGUAAAAAUGUAUAGAAUCUCAAGCAAUCUAUACUAGUAAACUUGAUGAUUUUAUAAUAAUGGAUGCAUGGCAUGCA